AUGCCGUUCUGGAGACUGGUGCUUCUGGGAAUGCCCUUUCUGGCCCUGGCUUUUGGCCACUUGCGCGAGAUGCAUGACCAACAGAGCCUUUCGCGAUCGGUGGCGAAUAUGGAUGACAUGCUGCACAUGGAGGACGAUCUGGUCUCAAACGUGGAAAAGCUGGCGGAAGCGCUUUCCCGCAGAGCCAAGACCAUUAAAUGGGGAGUCUUCAAGAUGAUGAAAAGGCGGCAGCAGUAUAAGAUAUCCAGGGAGCCUUUUGCCAAUCCGAUUGACAGCUUUUCCCUCAUACGUCACAUGCAGUCCGACUGGUUGAUGUGGCUCGUGUACUUGGAAAAGCCCGUUGGACAAGAGGAAUUGGCCCAUCUGCACUCAAGGAUGCCCCUAUUGCCGCGGUACUCGGAUUUUGCAGAUGCUGCCGAGGGAAUUCGGAAAAUGGCAGCCACCUACGAGAUGCCAGCGUCAGAUAUAGCCAACGGCCUGCUAGAUGGAGUGCAGUACAGCUCCCACCUGAAACCCAUUGACUGCCUUGCCAUGGGUCUGCAUCUGGUGAAAGGCUCGCGUUGGCAUGCUGCCGAGCAAUGGAUCAGUGCCGGCAUAGAAGCCUAUGAUCGGAAAGGUUCUCAGGUCGAGAUGGAGCUAUUGAGGGGACCAGAACUGGCUGACUUGCACAGAGCACUGGCUCAAGUUCAAAUGAAGCAGAAAAAUCACGAGGGCGCUCUGCAAGCCUAUCAGGUUGCCCUGAAACUGUCGCCCCAUGACUCGGACAUAUUUGGGGAGUAUCGGGUCCUGGAAAGAAGAUAUCUUACGUUGGCGGAUGCGGGCAUCGAACCGAUGGAGCAGGAUGAGGAAUAUAAUGAAUAUGUGCUUCACCCGCCCUGUUGCAGCGCUCGCUGUGAAGUUGUGCGAAAUCUGACCAGACUGUAUUGUGUCUAUAACCGCGUAACCUCCCCAUUUCUGCAACUGGCGCCCAUCAAAACGGAGAUCCUGUCCCUUGACCCCUUCGUAUUGCUCCUGCAUGACAUGGUCCGCCAAAAGGAGAGCACUCUCAUCAGAGCUUCGAGCAAGGAGCACUUAUUGCAGUCGGAAAUAACCAACACAGAUGCAUCCAGUUCCGAGGACAAUGUCGCCAUAUUCCGCACCUCAAAGUCUGUUUGGUAUAGCAGUGACUUCAACGAUACGACCAAGAAGAUUACCGAGCGCUUGGCAGACGCCACUGGGCUGGACAUGCACUUUACGGAGUACUUCCAGGUCAUCAACUAUGGGCUAGGCGGUUUCUUUGCGACGCAUUUGGACAUGUUGCUGUCGGACAAGACCAGGUUCAAUGGAACCAGCGACCGCAUUGCCACCACUGUGUUCUACCUCAAUGGAGUUCGCCAGGGCGGCGCCACCCACUUCCCCCUCCUAAACCUCACGGUGUUCCCACAGCCAGGAUCGGCCCUUUUCUGGUAUAACCUGGACACGAAGGGCAACGAUCAGAGGAGUACCAUGCACACCGGCUGCCCGGUCAUCGUGGGCUCCAAAUGGGUUAUGACCAAGUGGGUUGGUGAUCAGGGACAGGAGUUUACUCGGCCCUGUGUCCCUUCAAGUUCAAGCGCAAAGGAGUUGCCCUCAGCUGAGCGGCUUAUCAUUUAAUAAGCAUUUGUAU